GUGAAGUUAAAUAUAAAAAGUCACUGUAUUUUGUCAUGUUCUGAUUUAUUAGAAUCUAUUAUGAGUUACUUACAAGAGAACGAAAGAACUGCGGUGGACACAAUUAUGGACAUCAAUGACUAUGAAGCAGUGGAUGUGAAAGAUGGAGUGAAACUCAGAGAGGGAGAUAUUGCCGUCUCCAGCAGAACUGAGAAAAGUUGUUUCGCCCAAAGCUGUUUAUGGUCCAAAUCUGUAGAUGGGCAUGUUUACAUCGCAUACACACUCUCACCUGAGUACACUGAAGUGGAUCGCCGAACUAUAAAACAAGGGAUGAAUCUGAUUGAGAGAAACACGUGUGUGCGCUUUGUACCCAGAACACACCAGAGAGACUUCCUGGACAUUCAGCCUAAAACUGGGUGUUGGUCAUAUUUGGGCUCCAGCGGCGGCAGACAGACUCUUUCCUUACAAAGUCCAGAGUGUGUGAGCUCUGGAGUUGUUUCUCAUCAGCUCAUGCAUGUGCUUGGAUUUGUACAUGAACAGUCACGUGCUGAUCGUGAUAAAUACAUCACCAUCAAGUGGUCAAAAAUUCAGAAAGAUCAUGUAAGGAACUUUGAGAAGUUUAAGAUGAACAACAUAGACAUGCCUUAUGACUAUGGCUCCAUCAUGCACUUUGGAAAAUACGCCUACUCUGAAAACGGUGAUCCUACCAUUGUUCCAAAACGAAGCUGGAACAUUAAACUGGGACAGCGAUUUGGUCCAAGUAAAAUUGAUGUUAUGAAAAUCAAUAAACUCUAUGAAUGUGCUUAGUAUUGUAAUUAAAUCUAUAUGAUAAACAAUGUAAACAUUUACAGCAUUUGGCAGACGCUCUUAUAAAUAAAGCGCAUCAAAAACACAUCUUUUAAAUUC